CCCGACCUGGGCAUCGACGAUGCUUUCGAUUUGUGGCGCCGAGACAUGGCUGACGAGCAAGGAAGGGAGGGUAGUCGGAGCUGGGACUGCAGCUGGUGACUGGGGUCGGUAGAUUAUUUCAUCGUUGAGGACGAGCAGGCGAGCAAGUGGUCUUCAUUUUGGAACAGACCUUGGUCGCGUGGAGCUGUACUGGAGAAGAUGUCUGCGUUUGUUGCGGUUCAAUUAGUGGGGUUUCCUUUAUGUUCUACUUCUUCUUCUUCUUCUUCUUCUUCUCGGCCGAGUGCUCUUGCUGCUUCCGGUGGGUUUAGUGCGUCCCGGAAUUUUAGGGUGAAGGGAGAUGAGGCAUCGACGAGUUUUUCCAAUGCUGUAUCGUUCGUGGGCGACUUGAAGGUCGUGCAACCGACAAUUGGUGGCCGGAAUGUUGCUCUUUCUGUUUCGAGCGCGGCUCUCUUUCCAUUCUUACGGGGGAAGAAGAAGGACGUCGAGAAAGUGAAGAUUGAGCUUUUGGAUGCAAUUGCGCCUCUGGACCGAGGCGCCAAUGCGUCACCCGACGAUCUCGCACGAGUGGACCUCAUUUGCCAGGAACUUGAGAAAUUAAAUCCGUCCAAAGCGCCACUGAAGUCACCGUUGGUGAAUGGUAAAUGGAAACUUAUUUACACAACCUCGGAGUCCAUCUUGAAGAAAUCGAGGCCUGGUUUGUUGAGACCAAAUGGACCAAUCUAUCAAGCUAUCAACACAGAUACACUCAGAGCUCAGAACAUGGAAACGUGGCCUUAUUUUAAUCAAGUCACGGCCAAUCUGGUACCGAUUGAUUCGAGGAAGGUGCUAGUUAAGUUUGACUACUUCAAGCUUUUUGGUCUGUCAAUUAUCUCAAUUGGUAAGGUGACGGGCGUUACGAGCAGGAUCCCGCAUCUUUUCUCGAAGUCACUUAGUCUGGCUGAGCUUUGUCUUCCAAGUCAUACUACAGUAGGCAAUGCAGGACCUGUCAAAGUGUCAGACUGCGGUGGUUUCGAAUCAGAAGAUUGGAAGAACCCUUGUUACUUUCUUGUAAAGACUCGACUUCCUUACUCGGAUAAACCAGAGUUAAAGUGGUGCGGACUUUGUGGGAACCGAGAAGGUUGGAUGAGAUGUGGAAGCUGUAUGGGUGAAGGUGGGUAUGUGACAAAGCCGGGUCUCGCAGGAGUGAAAGGCAGAGUUGGCUGGUCACGCUGCAAAACGUGCUAUGGAAAGAGAAUUUUGCCUUGCCUUUUGUGUGCUCCAAAAACGGAUGACCGACAACCGAAAUGAAAGAUUGGAAGUCCUUAGAGCACUGAGCAGCAGAUGUUGAUAAAGUGAAGACUGGAAUCCAUUCCGGCUAGCCGAAGUCGGUGCCUUGGACUCAAGUUUAUUUCCAACAUGGAUAGAUGUGUGGAAAUGAAGUAGUCGUACUUUCCAUCUUUCUGAAGGAAAUGAAUUAUACGAAGCUCUGUCAGGAGCUUGCGUUCAUCUUGAACCAGAUCCAUUGAAGUGUGGAGGACGAUCACUUCUCAGGUGAGCGUAAAAGCUCCGGAGCGGGCGCGUGGUGAGCUGGAAAUUACCUACGUCGACGAGCAGCUGCGGGUUUCUCGAGGAUACAAGGGAAACUUAUUUGUACUUGUAAUGGAAGAUCCUGGGUACAGAGUUCCACUUUAAGAGAGCUGGUAACCACUUUUGAGUGCAGCUUUGUAAAGUAAAAGUAUGCGACAUUUGAUAUAGGCUGAACUGAUUGUUAGACUUAUCAUCCUGAAUCUGUCGGGAUGCAAAGAUGUGACGUUAGGGAGUUCCGAAUCCAUGGCACCCAACUUUGUAUGUUCCACGUGUAUAGUUCGCAAGUUUUUCAUACUCAAAUUCUCAGUCAUUCCCGUUGACCUGAUUGAUUAGUAACCCACCUCAUCAGCACCUCGAGCUGAGGUCAAACCUGCAAGCAUUUUGGUUUAUGCAUAGCUGAUCUGCUUGUAGUCCCUCACAUCGUCAAACUCCAUUGGUUCACAAGACAAAUUACAUAAUCGCCAUAGCGUCAGCGACAUUCUCACUUGGUUCGACAGUCAUCAGCUUACAUAGUUGGUGACAUGCUGGACAUGUGGCACAUUUGAGAUCAUCAUCUAUGAUCUCAUUUGCGGCAAUGUUGUUUUUUUAUGUAAUUGAGAAACUCUCCCAUAACUGGGCGCUUCUGGAAGAAGAUGGGUGAGAAACUGUACUGCUACUACAAGUCUAAUGAGAAGAAACUCGGAUCUUCGUGUGAGACGA